CAUCUCUAUCCUAAUGAAAACCCCCAAAUUCCAGAAAACAGAAGAAAAAAACUUCCUUUUAGCUCCAAUUCCACAUAGAGGGGAGAUCCACUAAUCGCUAUCCUCAGCUUUCUCUAUCAACCCUGAAUCCCGCCAUUGGGGGAAACUCAUUUCAUCCAUCUGAUCGUUUCAUCUCUAAGAACAAGGGUUUCUGGAUGUCAAAGAGAACAGGGUGUUUAACCGAUGGAGAGAUGGCAUAUGAUAACUCCUCAAGAAAUGAAUCAAAACGUGCUCACCCGUGGUUUCUUGAUGAUACGGAACAAGAACCACUCCCCAGCAAGAAGCAAGCAGUUGGAUCAUCUAACAGCCAGUCGUUUCCAGGGUUUGUAAAUCCAGUUCGUUGGGACAAUUCUUCUUGCUUUCACUUGGUUCCAUCUCGGGGGGUUCCAUCUCAAUUCGGUGAUACAUUAUUUGGAGUUGAACCAGCAAGGAGUAUUGAUCUUGGUGCCAGAAGUACUCCAUCAAAUGGUUUUGAGAAUCUAGAUGUGGGAAGAAGGGGUAUUCAGGACCAGUUUGGAAACGAGGGCGCCAUUCCCUUAUCAACGACUAAUACCAUGGAAGAUCCUGGGUCAUGCUUUAGUUAUGGAGGAAUUCGAAAAGUUAAAAUCAAUGAGGUUAAGGAAACCGACCAUGGCAUGUCUUUUCCGAUUGGUGAUGCCUUUAAUAAAGGGGAGAUCAGUACCAUAUCUUUUGGUGGGUUUCAUGAUGACUCGGAGAUGAACCCCUCUGCAAGAAUCAUAAGCAGUUACGACAUGUUAAUGAGUCAGUCAUCAGUUCACCAGCCAGAAGUAAUGAAGGAAAAAGAGUCAAUGGACACGCAGAGAGACAUCUGCUGGUACCAGCCAAGUUGUCAAUACUUCUAA